UGUCCUGCCUGCAGUUAGGCAUACAUAUUUGCAUGUAUAUAUUUCCUGUAACAUCCUAGUAAGAAAAAAAAAAAUUCGUUCUUUUAUUAACUUUAAUCGAAGGUGUUUUUGCAAAGCGCUCGUCUGAUCGUUGUGCGCAUGCGCAUCACGCCAGGGAUUUGGGAGAGUCGACCACGUCUUCAGCACCAGAGAAUCCGAAUCUUUUUAGCCAGUCGGUUCGUUCGGACGAUUCGUUUCAAUGAACCGAUUCAUCACUCUAGCGUUCCGCGUGGAUUUUCCCAUCAUAACUUUCUUUCCUAUCACAACACUGUUGACUGGUUAUUAUUAGGUUAUGUAGCUGCAUGUUUUUCUUUUUACUGUCUUUAUUAACAGAACUCAAAAACUGCGUGGAAUUUUACUUUCUUUUUGCCCUUAAAUUGUUGUUCAGCGCUUUUUGUAAUCAAUAGCUGCGUCAAAUAUUAUAUUAAACGUUAUUACUAAUUACUUGACAUCAGUAAUAAUUAACAGCCGAUCAAAGAAUGCUAUUUCUUAACUGUAUUACUGAUAAAUUUAACAAUGAUUGUCGACUAUUAUGAAAUCACACAGCGAAUCGAUUCGUCCGAAUCUUUUAAAGGAACCUGUUCAUCAGAACGAGUCGUUCGUGAACCGGGCAUCGCAAUCAGCGUCGGAUAACGGGAUCUGCGAUCCGGCAGGGCGAUGGCUCGGACUCUACACCGGAACAAAAUAAAGCUGGACCCAGAGAGCCGCUGUCCUGCGAUGAACCGAGUUUAAGGACGUGACCGGAGCGGCGAGCGCGCGGGGUGACGUCACGGCUCCUCUCAUUGUCUCUAAAGCUGCUCGUUUUCAUCAAAUAAACCCGUUCCGACGCGUGCACGUGACUUCUGCGUCCUCCGUGCUCGUGGGUCGCGUUCAAAUCUAGCGUCAAACGCUGCUUGUUUCUCACCUAAGACGCGGGUUCGUGUCUGAAUCAGAUGUGAGCGAGUCUGCUGUGAUCAGAGGAUAGGGGUCUAGAACUCAUUCACGCGCUCAUAAACUACUCGUGUGUUGUGUUUGCGUGGCAUACUAGUUAUGCUGGAUGGUGUGUGUUGACGGACUUGCGGCUGGGGGUCAGAUUGCGUCCGGACACCCCAGCCAUCCCGCCCAGGGCCGUAGCUCCGCCGGACCCAGAGGUCAGGAGGGGCCCGAAGGUUUCCGGGGGCCCACGGCAAUUUCUUCAUUGUGCUUUUAGGAAGGCCCCAGAAGUCGGAGCGCGGGCCGUCCAUGCCGGUGUCCUGCUGCGGGACCGUCCAUCACGGCUCCUCUCCGAGGAGGAUCGUCCACAGGAAGCCGGGGAUCAGGACCUGUCUGAGUCAGCCGUGCUCUUCGGUCGGGCUGAGAAUGCUGCGGACCGCCUUCAGUCUGGAGGGAGUCGAGGAGCGAGACGAGGAGCAGGAGGACGAGGGAGAAGAUCUGCGGGACGGUGGCGUUCCCUUCAUUAUUAACAGGGGGGGUCUGCCCAUAAACCAGGAGACCUGGGAGCAGAUGUGGCGGCAUGUCGCCCGCAUCCACCCGGAGGGAGAAGUGGUGUCCAGGAGGAUACGGGGAACCGGGGACCUCCCCAAGAUUCCAGUACCAAGUGUGCCUACAUUCCAGCCCAGCAGCAGUGUUCCCCAGCGUCUGGAAGCCAUACAGCGAUACAUCAGGGACUUGCAAUACAAUCACACUGGAACACAGUUUUUCGAGAUCAAGAAGAGCAGGCCGCUCACAGCAUUGAUGGACAUUGCCAAGGAAAUGACAAGAGAGUCUCUACCAAUUAAAUGUUUGGAAGCCGUAAUCCUCGGAAUUUACCUCACCAACGGCAUGUCGACCGUCGAGCGGUUUCCUCUCAGCUUUAAAACACAGUUCUCAGGGAGUCAUUUUCGUCACAUUGUGCUGGGGGUCCACAGCGGCGGGCGCUUUGGUGCUCUGGGCAUCAGCCGGCGUGAGGACCUGAUGUACAAACCGCUGGAGUACAAAACACUCACGGACCUCCUUCAGGAGUUCCAGGUGGCCUAUCGGAGAUACUGGCACACACUGUGCAAGGUCAAGAUCGGUCAUUACGUGUCACACGACCCACACAGCGUGGAGCAGAUUGAGUGGAAGCAUUCGGUGCUGGAUGUGGACAAGCUGUCCAAAGACGAGCUGAGGAAAGAGUUAGAGAGACACACUCGGGAUAUGAGGUUGAAGAUUGGUAAAGCUGCUCCUCCAUCACCGUCUAAAGACAGGAAGAAGGAUAUGGGAUCUCCUCUGAGGAACCCCGGCAGCCCGAUGCGCAAGAACAGCCAAAGCGACAGACGGUCUUCAGUGGAGAAGCGGCCGGGGCCGGCGGGGCCCACGGGGCCCACGGCUGAUGUGAACGGAUACCAGAUCAGGGUCUGAGAGAUUCACGAGACAAAGACCGAAACGAGCAAGAAGAUGUGUGUUCACUGGAAGUAUCGUGCUACACCGAGGAUGUUCACUUAGAAGGGUAGACAUGAACACCUCCUCUAAUUGUUCAUUUAGUAGAAUAGCCACAUUAUGAACAAUGCAUCAUAUUUAUAUUCAAUUCUAUGCCUCAGCUGUUUGUGCUGUGAGCAACUUUUCAUGUUUAAUCUGUAAAUACAGUGCAAGUUAACCUUUAACUCUACUAGACACUGAGGUAGAGGAUAGCCUCUAGUCCAUUUAUUGGUGCCUUUGAUCAGUUUUUGGACUACAAUGACUUUCUGGCUCAGUAUUUUUCCUUGUUUUCCAGUAUAGUCUUAACAUUUCUAAAUCAUUCCAGAUCAAAACGGCUUAAUUUUGAAUCUUGUUUUCUGAAGGGAGAAAAAAAAAAAAAAAAAAAAAAAAAAAGUAUUCGUUCGAAACCAGACAAAUGUCUGUCACUGGGGUCAAAUAUUUAGUUUUCUAGUUUUGAGCAUCUAGUAAAUGUAUCUCGAUAAAAGAAUGUUUACAGACUUUUAAUGGAAAAAGAACGAAAAAAGAACAUUUUCAUGCUCUGAUUUAGUGUAGCUUUCCCUUUGAAUGCAGUUUAUUUUUCUAAGCGGGCUGACAAAUGUUUUAAACUCGCUUCAUUUUGGUGCAUUUUUCAGAAACAAGACUCGGCGUCCGUUUCUGAGUACAUUUCGAUACACGAUGUUUACGCUGGAAAAUGAGACAAAAAUAUAGAGGAGAAUCAUUUUUUAGCAGUGUUGUUAUAACAUCUAUGAUAAUAUGAGCGGUUCAUCACACUUCUCCAGUGAGUCAAAUGUUUGCUCUGCUUGUGUCUGACUCACUGGUGAAUCUGUCUGGUGUUCCUGAUUUACUCAAAUGGCCGCUUUAAUGGACCUGUGUGUAUGUAAAUGAUGUUAUGGGUCUGAUAUUACAGGAUUCAGUAGUUAUGAAUGCAGCCCUCGCCCUGUUGGUUUUUAGAUAUUUUUUAACUCUUGAAAGACUGGAUGCUUGAUUACACACAUCCGAGGUUUUUAAAGUCAAUGUGAAAUGGACUUGAAUUCAUGUUCCGGCUCUUAAAUAAUUCAGUAGGACAUAAACAUUUCACAAUCUUUCUUCAAAAUAGGACUAGCUCCUCCUCCUGAUGUCACUUUAUCAUCACGAUCCACUGUCAUGCAUUGAUUUCUCUGCUGAAUACCUCACAGUGUGUUGAUUGAGCAUCGUUUCAUGUUGACUUUAGGAGUAGCGAACCCGUAGAUGUGCUGUUUGAAGAACAGAUGUUCUCUUACAGUAGACAGACAUGUCACACACACACUAAAGCCAAACGCGCUUAUUGUGAGAUGCUACGAAGUAUGAUUUCUAGUGUGAUGCAGAAGACACUAAUGCUGGUGCUGUUAAAUGUUCUUCAUUAGAACUGCAUCCUGCCACAUGAUUAACUGUGUGUGAUUAACAGAUGUUGCUAUUGUUGAUUUUUCACUGACGUCACAGCACUGAAUGUCACUCACUGGCUCUUUUGUGACACUUGAAACUGAAAUGUACAAUAAAUACGCCUAUACGUUUUUUUUGUCAAACAAGAAAAA